UGUCAGAAUACCAGGCCGGCCGCUCUUCUCUGCAGCAGAACCUUACCUAUUCCUCGGUCCAGCGCUGUACAGUCUUCCCGUGCUGGCGUCUUUAGUGUAAGCAGUCAUUUGGUCAUCCCUGUAUUGUCUGCAGUCUCUGGUCAUCUCCUGUACUGUGUCCGCAGUCUCUGGUCAUCUCCUGUACUAUGUCCGCAGUCUCUGAUCAUCUGUACUAUGUCCGCAGUCUCUGGUCAUCUCCUAUACUGUGUCCACAGUCUCUGGUCAUCUCCUGUACUGUGUCCACAGUCUCUGGUCAUCUCCUGUACUGUGUCCGCAGUCUCUGUCAUCUCCUGUACUGUGUCUUCAGUCUCUGGUCAUCUCCUGUACUGUGUCCGCAGUCUCUAGUCAUAUCCUGUACUAUGUCCGCAGUCUCUGGUCAUCUCCUGUACUGUGUCUGCAGUCUCUGGUCAUCUCUGUGCUGUGUCCGCAGUCUCUGGUCCUCUCCUGUACUGUGUCCACAGUCUCUGGUCAUCUCCUGUACUGUGUCCGCAGUCUCUGUCAUCUCCUGUACUGUGUCCGCAGUCUCUGAUCAUCUCCUGUAGUACAUCCGCAGUCUCUGGUCAUUUCCUG